AUGGGUAUGAUUUUUUCAGACUCUUUUCGUUCUCUCUCUCUGAACAAUCACAACCCUUCUUCAAACCCUAAUGAUCAUUUCAUCCAUGCCCAUUUCAAUUCAUCUUCAUCUUCUUCUACUUCUUCUCUAGACUUCCCUCUUAUGAUCACCGCUAGUACUAGCUUUCACAACCAAGACGAGGAGGAUGAUGAAGAAGAACAGGAAGAGCUUGAUCUCAAUCUUAGUGGCAGUUGCACCUUUAACAAUGGUAAGAUGAGACCAGUAGGAGGGCAGUCGACAAAGACAUGUGCUAGAGGCCACUGGAGACCAGCUGAAGAUGCUAAACUUAAAGAGCUUGUUGCUCUUUAUGGUCCCCAGAACUGGAACCUGAUUGCUGAAAAACUUGAAGGAAGAUCAGGAAAGAGUUGCAGGUUGAGAUGGUUCAACCAAUUAGACCCAAGAAUCAACAGAAAAGCAUUCAGUGAUGAAGAAGAAGAGAGACUAAUGACUGCUCAUAGAAUGUAUGGCAACAAAUGGGCAUUAAUAGCAAGGCUUUUCCCUGGUAGAACUGAUAAUGCUGUCAAGAAUCACUGGCAUGUAAUCAUGGCUAGAAAGUAUAGAGAACAAUCAAAUGCUCAUAGGAAAAGAAGGAUGCUCAUUAGUCAAAAUCAAACUGUUUCAAGAUCAGAGACUACUUCUGCAACUCCACCACCACCGCCCACCGAUGCUCCUCCAGCUUACAAUGGAUACUUUCCUCAACAGCCACCGUUUGGUUCCGUUUCCGGUGCUAAGAACAACAAUCAGAUGAUGAUGAUGAUGGACCUCUUCAGCACCAAAAACACAUCUUGGAUGAUGGGCAGAAGCAGCAACACAAAUUUUCAUGAUCAUCCACAUGAUGAUGAUGAUGAUGAUGAUGAUAAUGAACACGCAGUAGUACCAUUGAUGAUGAUGAAUCAUCAUCAUCAGUAUUACCAUCAUCAAUUUUACACCAGUGGCAGCAGCUCUUUCUCAUCAGGUGCAGAUAAUUCCACCGUUAGUACUACUCAUUCAGUAUCAGCAGUAACACCAGCACCACAAGUUUUACAAAGCCAGCAGUUUUCUGAGGCUAAUAUUGACAUUUCACCACCACUUAUAGAUUUUCUUGGAGUUGGGGCCACUUGA